GUCCUCCUCCUACUCUGCUCGCAUUUCAAUUUCGUAGUUCUGUAAAGUCUUCAGUUUCACACAGAAGGACAAGCCAUGGCCUCUACAACCAAAGAAGAUAAGCCAGGUUCUGGAAAAAAGGUGGCUGUUAUAGGCGCAGGCGUUAGCGGGCUGGCUGCAGCUUAUAAGUUGAAAUCACAUGGUUUGAAUGUUACCGUAUUUGAAGCUGAUGGAAGAGCGGGAGGGAAGCUAAGAAGUGUUUCGCAUAAUGGUCUUAUUUGGGAUGAGGGAGCAAAUACAAUGACUGAGAGUGAGAUGGAAGUCAGGAAUUUGCUUGAUGAUCUUGGGCUUCGUGAAAAGCAACAAUAUCCUAUUGCACAGAACAAGCGAUAUGUUGUAAGAAGUGGAGUGCCAGUACUGCUCCCCUCCAAUCCCAUUGCAUUCAUCCAGAGCAGUAUUCUUUCUUCACGAUCAAAGUUGCAAAUUAUUUUGGAACCAUUUUUGUGGAAGAAAGGCAACUCUUCAAAAGUCUCUGACAGUUGUGCACAUGAAAGUGUGGGUGGGUUCUUUGAACGCCAUUUUGGGAAAGAGGUUGUGGAUUAUCUCAUUGACCCCUUUGUUGCUGGCACAAGUGCUGCAGAUCCUGAAUCCCUUUCUAUGUGUCAUUCCUUUCCUGAGCUAUGGGAUCUAGAGAGAAGGUUUGGCUCUGUUAUAGCUGGGGCAAUUAAGUCGAAGUUGUCUUCCAAACGUGAUAAAAUUGGAGAAACAAAGAUUUCUUCAGACAAAAGGAAACAUCAGCGUGGUUCCUUUUCCUUUGAGGGUGGAAUGCAGACACUCACUGAUACGCUGUGCAAGAAUCUCCUCAAAGAUGAGAUUAAAUUGAAUUCAAAGGUUUUAUCAUUAUCUUACAAUCAGGACGGAAAGCGAGCAUCAGAUAAUUGGUCACUUUGUUGUGCUUCUAAUGAUGAGAAGCAUUCACAAGGUUUAUCUUUUGAUGCUGUAAUCAUGACAGCUCCAAUGUGCAGUGUAAAAGAAAUGACUAUUAAAAAGGGAAGAGAUCUCUUUUCUCUGGACUUUCUCCCUGAGGUGAAUUAUAUGCCACUAUCAGUGAUAAUCACCACCUUCAAGAAAGAGAAUGUCAAGAGACCACUUGAAGGAUUUGGGGUUCUUGUUCCAUCUAAGGAGCAGCAGAAUGGUCUAAAAACUCUUGGCACUCUUUUUUCAUCAGUGAUGUUCCCGGAUCGUGCCCCCAGCGAUCUACAUCUGUAUACAACUUUUGUUGGGGGAAGUCGAAACAAUCAAUUAGCAAGAGCAUCAACAGAUGAGCUGAAGGAGAUUGUUAAGUCUGAUCUUCAGCAAUUGCUGGGAGCUGAGGGAGAGCCUAUAUUUGUGAACCAUUUCUAUUGGAGUAAAGCAUUUCCGCUCUAUGGGCGUAAUUAUGGGUCAGUUCUAGAAGCCAUUGGAAAAAUGGAGAAAAAUCUUCCUGGAUUUUUCUAUGCAGGUAACCACAGAGGUGGAUUGUCGGUUGGAAAAGCAGUAGCCUCAGGGUGCAAAGCAGCAGAUCAUGUAAUCUCAUACUUAGAAUCUUAUUCAGACGGCAAGAUUCUCAAGGAUGGGUCAUAACCAUGUGUAAUUUGGCUUGUUCUUUCCGCUUAUAUAUAUCAUUAUCUUUCUCUCUUCUUAUUGUCAUCGAAUGUAUUGCAGAAUUUUUGUUAAAAAAAAAAAAGCUGAAUAAGGCUUACUUUUAUUAUCUACAGUUAAUAGAACAGGAACGGUGAGCCAAAUACGACCUUGUGUCUAAA